AGUGGAGGGGUGCAUCGCGGAGAAGAAAGGUAACGGUUUGCAGGAUAAGGCUGGCCGAAGACGGAUUCAGAAAAACGGAAACAGACCGAUUGUACGAGUCGCAGUGAUCGCCUUCUCAAAGUUCUCGUCGUAGAACUGUUCCGUUUCGCGGAUUCGGCCAAGGAACUGUUUUGGGUGAAGAAUUCGCACGUACGGUACCACGCAGCGACGAACUUUCGAAACUUUCGUUCUUGGCAGUCACCGUUAUGGCAAGAGAAGCUUCUUGGACAACCGUGGUUUUUACGACAGUGAUUAUCGCGUUUCUGAUGGGAUUAAUUGCUGAGAACGAAGCAACGAUAGCUCAGCCGAAAGCACCCAAUUUUCAAUACUUUGAACGGCCCAAAUAUCGCUAUCCAUAUUAUGAUGAAAAUGGCAGAGGCAAAUUGCUCUACGGCUAUGGAGGGCCAGAACUUUACCAAUACAAAACUUAUAGUGCUCUUGACGGAAUCCAUUAAUAUAGGGGGUAUCUUUUGCACUAAAAUUUAUAAAUGAUAAUGCAACUUCUCGUAAAGUGAUACAUAGUACACACGCGAUUCUGAUUCCGAUCACAAGAAAACAUUGUCACAAGCAUUCAGAAUGUACAACAUUUAGCGUAGUUAUAUUUGUAUAUAUAUAUAUGUAUAAUAUAAUAUAAUGAUUUAUCUGUUA